AUGGAAGUUCCAGACAGCCGGGAAAUGAGUCCUGUCAUUGUUUUGGAAGAUGUUGUGUUAAAUAGUUCUUUACUAAGAGAGGCCUCUGUCCUGAUGGAAAACAUGGAUUUUUAUGUUGAUCCAACAGAAAAAGAGCCAACUGAAGCAUCUAAAAACCAAGAGGAACAACCAGAAAAUACACAAAAACAAUCGGAGGAACAACCAACCCAACCAGAGGAAACAUCAGAACAUUUUAAGGUUCAACCAGAGGUACAACCACAGAAACAACCAGAGGUACAACCAGAACAUCUAGAUGUACAACCAGAGGUACACCCAGAGGUCCAACCAGAAAAACUGGAGGUACAACCAGAGGUACAACCAGAGGUACAACCAGAGGUACAACCAGAGGUACAACCAGAGAAACAGCCUGAGGUACAACCAGAGGUACAACCAGGACAACUGGAGGUACAACCAGAGGUACAACUAGAACAACUGGAGGAACAACCAGAGGUACAACCAGAGAAACAACCUGAGGUACAACCAGAGGUACAACCAGAGGAAAUUUUAAGUAAAGGUGAUUUUGUUCUAGUGGAACUUCAAGUUGAAAAGACUUCAAGAACAAAGCAGUUCAUUGGAAAGGUCAUAAGUAUAGCAGAAGAAGAUGUGGAUGUUUCUUUUAUGAAAAAGAAUCAAAAUGAAAUGUUUAUAUGGCCAGAAAUGCCAGAUCAAAGUAUUAUUGAAAGAAAAAGCAUUAUAAAGAAAUUGCAACAUCCGAAACAAGUUAAGAAGAGGCGUUCAAUUGAGAUGUUUUUUCAAGAUACAUGUAUGUGAAAUGUCAUGUCAGAAUGUAUAUAAUAGUCCAGUUCAGUGGCUAUUUACCAGACACCUGAUAUUAAUCUUUACUAUGACAUUAACUGGCUUAUUGUUACUUAAAUUUUAUAUAUCAUGUAUACACUUUCCCCCAUGUUUGCCAUCACUUGGCGUCCGUCAUCGUCGUGCGUCCGGUGUUAACCAUUUUAAAGAUCUUCUCCUCUGAAACUAUUGAACCAAUUCUAAUCAAACUUAAGCUGAAUGAUUGUUUUGUGUUUUAUUUUCGGUUUCUUAAAAAAACAUGGCUGCAUUGACUAAAAAUAAAACAUAGGGGUCUAGUAUAAAGCUUGUGUUUUAUUUUCUUUUAUGUCAAGAAAAAUAGCCACUAUGGCUCAAUAAGAACUUAUGGGUAAAAUGCAUUUUUUUGUUUGCCUUUGAAGACAAUAAAUUACAGAUACAAAGAAUAGCUUAUUAUUUAUUUUUAAGCACACAUUUAUAUAUACAUUAAAAAGCUAAAAAAUCAUUGAUAACAGAUUUAAGUAAAGAAUUACAGGUGAGCAAUUCAGGCUCUUGAGAGCCUCUGUUUUUUUAAAGAUAUCUAUGUGGAUGUUUUAUUAGCAAUAUGAAUAGCUAUAUAGUGUAACAUAAUUGUAUAUAUGUUUUUGCCUAGUCGUUAUUUUUGAACAUUAUUACGAACAUUUUAUACUUUGUUUUACAAUAUUCUUGUAACAUGUUAAGUCAGUUUUAAAGCUUGAUGCUUCGUAACAAAAUUUGUUUACAUUUUUUAUUUCAGCUUAUUGGUAUUAUCCAGAAUAAUCCUUUACCCAUAUGAAUAUGUCGUGAAUGAACCGUCCAAUACUUUUUAUGAUCUAUUUGAGCAUGCACAUCCCAUUUUAAUGUGUAUUGCUGAUGAAAAAAGGUUGAAAUAUACCAUAUACAUGUAGGGCCUUUUUUUUAAAUAUUGUUACUGUUGUAUUUAGGUAUAUGAUACUUUUUUUAUCAUGUUCAUUGUUACUGAAUUUAUCAAUGUUCACUGUUUUGAAAGCAAUCGUUUUAUAAGCACUUUAUUGUUUUGAUAAGUUUUAUAUAUGUUUGUAAGUCCCAUAUGGUGCUUUUAUUUUUCUCCAUUGAGCUUUCUUGGCUCUAUUAGCCAAGUGAGCUAUUGUUGUCACUAUUUUGUGAUUUUUUUCACAAAAAAUCUCAGGGAUGUUAUCAAAAUUCUAGUGGAAUAAUCUCUUUAAAAAGGAAUAUGACAGCUCAAAGAGGAUUUGAACUAAUUUAUCUGAUUGUUAAGCCUUAUUUUCAUUGUUACUUUCCCCUAAAAAAGGGGGGUGGCUGUAUCUUGGAAACCUCUUCUCUAAAUUGCUUUUAAGUUUACACAGCUUCUACUUCAAUUCUUUGCUCCUAAAAGAAAACUUAAUAAUGCAUUGUUUUUGCACGGUCACUUGAGAAUAUCUCAUACAUUGCAUUUCAAAGUUGAUUGAUGUGGUGGUGUAAAUUUCUACAUUUUCUGAAAUAGAUCGGUGUUUCAUGCGCUCAUUGCGUAGCAGUUUGUUUUUUUUUUUUUUUUUUUUUUAUC